AUUUCUGAAGCCCAGGUUCCACGCGGAGACGCGGGGCUUAGAACCCGGGCUGGGAGGGCGAGCCUGUGCGGGAGGGUCCGAUUCUUAGCCUGCCCUACGGAAGCCUGCGAGGGAGGGUGGUAUCCGCUCCCCAAAUCCAGUGUCCUGAUGCCCAGCGCCAACGCCAGCCGUAAGGGUCAAGAGAAGCCGCGGGAGAUCGUGGACGCGGCGGAAGAUUAUGCUAAAGAGAGAUAUGGGAUAUCCUCUAUGAUACAAUCACAAGAAAAGCCAGAUAGAGUUUUGGUUCGAGUUAAGGACCUGACAGUACAGAAAGCUGAUGAUGUUGUUUGGGUUCGUGCAAGAGUUCAUACAAGCAGAGCAAAAGGAAAGCAGUGCUUUUUAGUCCUGAGGCAGCAGCAGUUUAAUGUCCAGGCUCUUGUGGCGGUGGGAGACCAUGCAAGCAAGCAGAUGGUUAAAUUUGCUGCCAACAUCAACAAAGAAAGUAUUAUUGAUGUAGAAGGUGUUGUGAGAAAAGUAAAUCAGAAAAUUGGAAGCUGUACACAGCAGGAUGUUGAGUUGCAUGUCCAGAAGAUUUAUGUGAUUAGCUUGGCUGAACCUCGCCUGCCCUUGCAGCUGGAUGAUGCCGUUCGACCUGAAGUGGAAGGAGAGGAGGACGGAAGAGCUACCGUUAACCAGGAUACAAGAUUAGACAACAGAGUCAUUGACCUUAGGACAUCAACUAGUCAGGCCAUCUUCCGUCUCCAGUCUGGCAUCUGCCAUCUCUUCCGAGAAACUUUAAUUAACAAAGGUUUUGUGGAAAUCCAAACUCCUAAAAUUAUUUCAGGUAUGCUUCUUAAUGAUUCCUAUAAUUUAAAAAAAUUAAUUGCUCUUCCUAUGUGUUGCUUAUCCCUCACUUACCCAAGACCUAAAAUAUUGUGCUGUUUUUCUUUGGUUAACUUAACAGUUUUCAGAGCUGAAGACUCCAAUACCCAUAGACAUCUGACUGAAUUUGUUGGUUUGGAUAUUGAAAUGGCCUUUAAUUAUCAUUACCAUGAAGUUGUAGAAGAAAUUGCUGACACUUUGGUGCAAAUAUUCAAAGGACUUCAAGAAAGGUUUCAGACUGAAAUUCAAACUGUGAAUAAACAGUUCCCAUGUGAGCCGUUCAAAUUUUUGGAGCCAACUUUAAGACUGGAGUAUUGUGAGGCUUUGGCAAUGCUUAGAGAAGCUGGAGUUGAAAUGGACGAUGAGGAAGAUCUAAGUACACCAAAUGAAAAACUGUUGGGUCGUUUGGUGAAGGAAAAGUAUGAUACAGACUUUUAUGUUCUUGAUAAAUAUCCAUUGGCUGUAAGACCUUUCUAUACCAUGCCUGACCCAAGAAAUCCUAAACAGUCCAACUCUUACGAUAUGUUCAUGAGAGGAGAAGAAAUAUUGUCCGGAGCACAAAGAAUCCACGAUCCUCAGUUGCUUACAGAGAGAGCUUUACACCAUGGAAUUGAUUUGGAGAAAAUCAAAGCUUACAUUGAUUCCUUCCGCUUUGGAGCUCCUCCCCAUGCUGGUGGUGGCAUUGGGUUGGAAAGGGUGACGAUGCUGUUUUUAGGAUUGCAUAAUGUACGUCAGACCUCAAUGUUCCCUCGAGACCCCAAACGACUCACGCCUUAAGCCAUACUUUUUAUUCUCUCCAGGGACCUGCUGUUGAUUAGGUUAUACCUGGGGUACUUAAGACAUGCAGUAGAAUUAAUGUCUUACUAAAGUGCCACAAUUAUUUUUUAAGUAGCUCAGUACAAAUUAAGUAAAAACGUUUUAGAAUUUCAAAUAUGCUUAAGUAGGAAAUACUUGAACGUUUUAAUGAGAAAUUUCUAAGGUUGAAAUUCAUAGUCUUUCACUAUAGGAAAUGUUAAGGAAAAUUUAAACAGUUUAAGAUUAUAUAAUUUUUUUUCUUUUCUAUAUUGUGGUGGCCACCGUACUAAUAUUCUAAAUUUUCAAUAUUUGAACUUGACAUUGAAAAAGAAGAAUUGGAGAAAUUACCAAGAUUUUAACAUAUAUAAAAUUGGUAUGUCUUAAAAGUUACUUUCAAAAAUCAUGUGAAGCAUUUGCAAACUGGCUAAAAACAAUAACAUUGAAACAUUGUUAUCAGUUCUGAGGCUGAAAUUCAAUAAAAACUUAAAGCUAA